AUGGCCAUGACCACAACCGCUCCCUCUCCCUCUCACCACCUCGCCCGCCUUAUCGGCCCGGCCCUCCUCACCAUCUCCAUAGCAGAAUCUGUCAACGCGCACAUCUGGGCCUCCAGCAGCCAUCCGACAAUCUUCCUCAACGGCUCCAUCAUUUUCGUCAGCGGUCUCGCCAUCGUGCGGCACCACAACCUCUGGACGACCGGCUGGCCCGUUCUCGUGACGCUGAGCGGCUGGAGCGGCCUGGCCCUCGGGUUAACACGCAUGCUCGUCCCGGAGAUGGUGUUGGAAAGCGUGAAGAAGGCCAAACCCAGGGACGUCAGGGCUGGGGCCCUUGUGGUAGCGGCUGUCGGGGGAGCCUUGACUUUGUGCGGGUAUUUGGCGGCUUAG